AUGUUCAAAUUCAUCGUUUUCAUCGCAAUACUAAAACUCGCUUCACCAUUUGAGAGUACAAAUGACGAUACUAUAUCUCUCACUCUUGAAGACAAUGCCAUUGAUGGAAAGUUAUCAGCGUUUACUAAAAUGAACAUUCGUUCAUCACAUUCUGCAAGUCUCGAAGUCGUACCAUCACGUACUCUAUCAUCUCAACAGUACGAACGACUAAUCGAGGAAUUUCGAUUAAAUGCACAUUCAUAUUACACUCUGAAGGUCAAUUUUAAACACCGCCUACUUCAAGACUAUGUGAUGACAUCCAUUCCUAUGUGUCUUGUUGUACAAACACGAUUUCAAUAUAUGAUCGAUCUGUUUCUCAAUGAAAACGGCUAUAUUGUCAGUGCACAUAUCGCAACUAAUAAUGCAACGUGUACUACAUUGAAUGUAUCAACAUUAGAUACGAAAAAUGAUCUGACAUACAAAGUCUCCCUACGUUUACAAUCGAGUGAUAAUGGGCCACAGCCAGAAAUUCAACAUUUUCUUAAUAAACUUAAACGCGAGAAAGAAGCCAAAUUAAAUACGGACAGUGACAAUCGCCCAUUUGUAUUGAAAUAUUGGAAAUAUCUGUUACCAAUUGUGAUCAUUUUUCUUGUCCAAGGCGCAUUUCCCGAUGGUGGUAGUGGUGGGCGCUAA